AUGUUUAAUAUUGGAAUAUUGACAUUAAAAAGUGCAGAUGCAGUGAAAAUGGACAUUACGAGUGACCAGAAAUCGCAAAUUGAACUAAAAAAUCUCGAUCUUGAAAAGCAAUUCAUUGCAGCAAAAAAUACAAAAGAAAUCGUUUUCGAUCGCGUAACGAUGAAAAAUACCGCGAUAGCUACUAUUAAUCCCUGCUGUCAGUCGAUAUUUAUCGAAAAAACAACCUGCUUGAUCAAUUUUCUCAACCUUAAGGGCAAAAAAAUGGGUCUAUAUGUUGGAAUGACAGCUAUUAUGAGUUUACUAAACAGUGCGACAGUGAUGACUGGACCUUUUUCCUCAAGAAUCUUUGUUUAA